CUGCGUGGCUGGCUGCUUCUUGCCAUGUCUUCUCACAAGACUUUCAGAAUCAAGCAAUUCCUGGCCAAGAAACAAAAGCAGAAUCGUCCCAUUCCCCAGUGGAUUCGGAUGAAAACUGGUAAUAAGAUCAGGUACAACUCCAAGAGAAGGCACUGGAGAAGAACCAAGCUGGGUCUAUAA